AACUCGCAGGUCUGCGCGUCUCUGAGCCCAGAGGAGCAGACAGGGCGAGAGGAACCAUGGAGCUCGUCUCACACGGGCCCGUUUGAUUUUAAAGAGGGAUUCUAGAACUAUCGGGGAACUUUUCUUUUUUCCCAACCGCUCCCCCUUUAUUUUACUUUAUUCCUUUUUUUUUUUUAAAUUCUUCUAGUCACGUCGCGUCAUCCGCCGCUAACGAUGCGUCGUUUCGGGGUUUGGAUUAACGCACUCUGGAUUCUGCUUUUCGCCCUUUUCCGCUCCGCUUCUUCGAGCUACUCCGAGGACCAGUGCAGCUGGAGAGGCAGCGGCCUGUCCCAGCAGCAGGGCAGCGUGGAGCAGAUCUCCCUCCACUGCUCCGAGGGCACCCUGGACUGGCUGUAUCCCAAAGGGGCCCUGCGCCUCACCCUGUCCCCCCGCCUGCCCUCCGUGGCGGUGGGGCCCGGCGGCAGCAGCUCGGGCCUCAUCACCGCCUGCGUCAAGCCCGCGGAGCAGUUCCGCGGAGCCCAGCUGUACCUGGAGCAAGACGGGGUGCUGGAGCUCCUGGUGGGGGACCGCCUGGACUCGUCCUCGCCGCCGAGGGUCCGCUGCUUCAGCCGCCUGCCCGGAGAAAAGGUGGCCCUCUUCCUGCAGGCCACGCCGCACCAGGACAUCAGCCGGAGGAUCGCCUCCUUCCGGUACGAGCUGAGGGGGGACUGGACGGCCCGCCUGUCGCUGGACUCCAACCCCAUCAGCAGUGAAGCUUGCAGACCUUGCAACAACACGGAGAUUCUCAUGGCCGUUUGCACCAGUGACUUUGUCGUGCGAGGAAACAUCCGGUCGGUGGCGGAAGACGACAACCUCAGAGCGGCGGUGAUCAAGGUCAGCGCCACCCGGGUCUUUCGGCAGAAGUACGCCCUGUUUCCCGGCAACGGCCGCGUGAGCCGGCGGGGGGAGGUGCGGACUCUGCUGCAGUGCGGCGUCAAACCGGGGCCCGGCAGCUUCCUCUUCACCGGCCGCGUCCACUUCGGCGAGGCCUGGCUGGGCUGCGCUCCCCGCUACAAGGACUUCCAGCGGGCGUACGCCACGGCCAAAGCGGCGCAGCAGAUACCCUGCGAACUGCCCGUUGAUUGAGUUAAAAAAAAAAGCGAAAAGGAACACGGAUCGAGUCGGGGACGCGCUGAAAGCCGGGCCAAACUCAGCCCCCCGGUUCCGCCUUCUGGAAGGAGCCGGUCGGCGUCCGACCGCUGGCCGCCGGUGACUUCCCAGAGGUCUGAGGAGUGAAGGGGACUUUUCCCAACACCGUUUCAGUGCAAUAUGACCUGUCCUCCCCGGGACAGAGAGAACCUGGAGGAGACGCGGGACGAGGUGCAAAGGAAGAUUAUAAGCAUUUGGCAUCGGACCGUUUUUUUACAGAGAAAAUCUGCUGAAAAGCUUUCCAUCGGGGGUAAAUUGAGGCUCGCCAUUCAUUCAGGCCCAUUGAGAGUCAUCGCUCUGAAACUCAGGGAAAUUCAUUGAAAGUUCUAUAGAAAGCUUUCUGCCUCUGUGUCCCAGCGAGGAAACCAUUAAGGCACCUAUUUGUUCAGUGGAUGUGGGGUCAUGGGAAAGUUAUAUUUUAGCUGGCUUCCCCUCUUCCGGGGUCAUUCUCAGUGUUACUGCGUUAUUAAAGAGAUUAUAAAAAUGAAAAGUUAAAAAAAAUAUACAUUUGCACUGAUAACAGAAAGGGAAUGACCCGGAAAGUGUGACGCUGCGAGCACUGGAAACCAAAUGAAAGCAACUAUAUGUAGCAUAGCAAGUGAUAAUUUAAUAUAUGUACAGGUAACGUGAGCACGUACAGUACGGACGCAAAGCGUUCACACCGCAGACGAGUCCCGAGAGCCUUUUCACAUGCCGGCCAAGGUGCUGGAUUUGUGGAGGCUUGUGUUAACAGUACAUUUUAGUAGCCAUGCAAAAUUUCUGCCAAACUUAAUUAAUUGGACUGCAUUUGAUUUUUUUUUUUUUUUAAGAUUUAUCUGUAAAUGUGUUGGAGUGGAGUUGCAGCAGUGUUGCCAAAAUGGUUAGAAGUUUCAUUGCUUCCAAGUCAUUCUCUGCUCAAGUUGUUAUUCAACUGUUCACAACCAUGUGAAAAUACAUCAGCUCUAUAAAAUGGUUCAUAUUUAACGGGCACUAUGUCAACAAGGGGAGCUGUUCAUACCAAAUGUCUGAGAUGCUGAAGUGCUUUGACUUAAAUGUGUACGCUGCCAUUUAUUUGUCAUGUAAAUUUGUGUUAAUAACAAAUGAAUGUAAAUAUGUUCAUAAGAAAUUCUAGAAAUCACACUAUGGGGGGGGUUGUAUUGUGGAUUCAUUUUGUGCCGGUUUUAUUAAAAUAUUCUGUGAGAAAACCC